AAAUUAUGGAUAAUAAUGGAAUAUCUAGGUGGAGGCUCUGCCCUUGAUCUAUUAGAACCUGGCUCACUUGAUGAAACUCAAAUUGCUACAAUAUUGAGGGAGAUACUCAAAGGACUCGAUUACUUGCAUUCAGAAAAGAAAAUCCACAGAGAUAUUAAAGCUGCUAAUGUAUUACUGUCCGAACAAGGGGAAGUAAAGCUGGCAGAUUUUGGAGUAGCUGGACAGCUAACAGAUACACAGAUAAAGAGGAAUACCUUUGUGGGAACACCAUUUUGGAUGGCACCUGAAGUAAUAAAGCAAUCAGCAUAUGAUUCAAAGGCAGAUAUCUGGUCAUUAGGUAUAACAGCCAUAGAACUCGCGAAAGGAGAGCCACCUCAUUCAGAAUUGCAUCCAAUGAAAGUUCUGUUCCUCAUUCCUAAGAACAAUCCACCAACUCUGGAAGGAAACUUCAGUAAAUCCCUCAAAGAAUUUGUCGAGGCCUGCUUAAACAAGGACCCAAGCUUUAGACCUACUGCAAAAGAGCUUUUAAAACACAAAUUCAUUUUACGAAACUCCAAGAAAACAUCUUACUUGGCUGACCUCAUUGACAGGCACAAGAGAUGGAAGUCUGAGCAAAGUCAUGACGACUCCAGUUCUGAUGACUCAGAUACUGAAGCAGAUGGUCAGGCUUCAGGUGGGAGUGAUUCAGAAGAGUGGAUCUUUACAAUAAGAGAAAAAGACCCCAAGAAUCUAGAGAAUGGAGCAGCCCAGCCUUUGGAGUUGCAAAGAAAUAAGGAAAAGGAAAUCCCAAAGAGGCCUCUAUCCCAAUGCCUGUCUACAAUUAUAUCCCCUUUAUUUGCAGAGUUGAAAGAGAAGAGUGAGAUGUGUGGUGGUAACGCAGAUUCCAUAGAAGAACUGAGGAAGGCAGUUUAUUUAGCUGAAGAGGCUUGUCCAGGCAUUGCAGAUACCAUGGUGUCACACCUUGUGCAGCGGCUAAAGAGAUAUUCCCUAGCUGGAGGAAGUUCUUCAUCCUACUGA